AUGCCUCACAUCCCGUUGACACCUCAAGAGGCACGCGAAGUUCAUUGCUUCAAAAGGCUCAAGACGUAUGCCAACUUUCAAGACGCACCUCAGGAGGAGGCUUCUCUCAGCAAUAGGCUCAAGACGUAUGCCAACUUUCAAGACGCACCUCAGGAGGAGGCUUUUCUCAGCAAUAGGCUCAAGACGUAUGCCAACUUUCAAGACGCACCUCAGGAGGAGGCUUCUCUCAGCAAUAGGCUCAAGACGUAUGCCAACUUUCCAGACGCACCUCUGGAAGAGGCUUCUCUCAGCAAUAGGCUCAAGACGUAUGCCAACUUUCCAGACGCACCUCAGGAGGAGGCUUCUCUCAGCAAUAGGCUCAAGACGUAUGCCAACUUUCAAGACGCACCUCAGGAGGAGGCUUCUCUCAGCAAUAGGCUCAAGACGUAUGCCAACUUUCCAGACGCACCUCAGGAGGAGGCUUCUCUCAGCAAUAGGCUCAAGACGUAUGCCAACUUUCCAGACGCACCUCAGGAGGAGGCUUCUCUCAGCAAUAGGCUCAAGACGUAUGCCAACUUUCCAGAAGCACCUCAGGAGGAGGCUUCUCUCAGCAAUAGGCUCAAGACGUAUGCCAACUUUCCAGACGCACCUCAGGAGGAGGCUUCUCUCAGCAAUAGGCUCAAGACGUAUGCCAACUUUCAAGACGCACCUCAGGAGGAGGCUUCUCUCAGCAAUAGGCUCAAGACGUAUGCCGACUUUCCAGACGCACCUCAGGAGGAGGCUUCUCUCAGCAAUAGGCUCAAGACGUAUGCCAACUUUCCAGAAGCACCUCAGGAGGAGGCUUCUCUCAGCAAUAGGCUCAAGACGUAUGCCAACUUUCCAGACGCACCUCAGGAGGAGGCUUCUCUCAGCAAUAGGCUCAAGACGUAUGCCAACUUUCAAGACGCACCUCAGGAGGAGGCUUCUCUCAGCAAUAGGCUCAAGACGUAUUCCAACUUUCCAGAAGCACCUCAGGAGGAGGCUUCUCUCAGCAAUAGGCUCAAGACGUAUGCCAACUUUCCAGAAGCACCUCAGGAGGAGGCUUCUCUCAGCAAUAGGCUCAAGACGUAUGCCAACUUUCAAGACGCACCUCAGGAGGAGGCUUCUCUCAGCAAUAGGCUCAAGACGUAUGCCGACUUUCCAGACGCACCUCAGGAGGAGGCUUCUCUCAGCAAUAGGCUCAAGACGUAUGCCAACUUUCCAGAAGCACCUCAGGAGGAGGCUUCUCUCAGCAAUAGGCUCAAGACGUAUGCCAACUUUCCAGACGCACCUCAGGAGGAGGCUUCUCUCAGCAAUAGGCUCAAGACGUAUGCCAACUUUCAAGACGCACCUCAGGAGGAGGCUUCUCUCAGCAAUAGGCUCAAGACGUAUUCCAACUUUCCAGAAGCACCUCAGGAGGAGGCUUCUCUCAGCAAUAGGCUCAAGACGUAUGCCAACUUUCCAGACGCACCUCAGGAGGAGGCUUCUCUCAGCAAUAGGCUCAAGACGUAUGCCAACUUUCCAGACGCACCUCAGGAGGAGGCUUCUCUCAGCAAUAGGCUCAAGACGUAUGCCAACUUUCCAGAAGCACCUCAGGAGGAGGCUUCUCUCAGCAAUAGGCUCAAGACGUAUGCCAACUUUCCAGACGCACCUCAGGAGGAGGCUUCUCUCAGCAAUAGGCUCAAGACGUAUGCCAACUUUCCAGACGCACCUCAGGAGGAGGCUUCUCUCAGCAAUAGGCUCAAGACGUAUGCCAACUUUCAAGACGCACCUCAGGAGGAGGCUUUUCUCAGCAAUAGGCUCAAGACGUAUGCCAACUUUCCAGACGCACCUCAGGAGGAGGCUUCUCUCAGCAAUAGGCUCAAGACGUAUGCCAACUUUCAAGACGCACCUCAGGAGGAGGCUUUUCUCAGCAAUAGGCUCAAGACGUAUGCCAACUUUCCAGACGCACCUCAGGAGGAGGCUUCUCUCAGCAAUAGGCUCAAGACGUAUGCCAACUUUCAAGACGCACCUCAGGAGGAGGCUUUUCUCAGCAAUAGGCUCAAGACGUAUGCCAACUUUCCAGACGCACCUCUGGAAGAGGCUUCUCUCAGCAAUAGGCUCAAGACGUAUGCCAACUUUCAAGACGCACCUCAGGAGGAGGCUUUUCUCAGCAAUAGGCUCAAGACGUAUGCCAACUUUCCAGACGCACCUCUGGAAGAGGCUUCUCUCAGCAAUAGGCUCAAGACGUAUGCCAACUUUCAAGACGCACCUCAGGAGGAGGCUUCUUUCAGCAAUAGGCUCAAGACGUAUGCCAACUUUCCAGACGCACCUCAGGAGGAGGCUUCUCUCAGCAAUAGGCUCAAGACGUAUGCCAACUUUCAAGACGCACCUCAGGAGGAGGCUUCUCUCAGCAAUAGGUUCAAGACGUAUGCCAACUUUCCAGACGCACCUCAGGAGGAGGCUUCUCUCAGCAAUAGGCUCAAGACUUAUGCCAACUUUCCAGACGCACCUCUGGAGGAGGCUUCUCUCAGCAAUAGGCUCAAGACGUAUGCCAACUUUCCAGACGCACCUCAGGAGGAGGCUUCUCUCAGCAAUAGGCUCAAGACGUAUGCCAACUUUCCAGACGCACCUCAGGAGGAGGCUUCUCUCAGCAAUAGGCUCAAGACGUAUGCCAACUUUCCAGACGCACCUCAGGAGGAGGCUUCUCUCAGCAAUAGGCUCAAGACGUAUGCCAACUUUCAAGACGCACCUCAGGAGGAGGCUUUUCUCAGCAAUAGGCUCAAGACGUAUGCCAACUUUCCAGACGCACCUCAGGAGGAGGCUUCUCUCAGCAAUAGGCUCAAGACGUAUGCCAACUUUCAAGACGCACCACAGGAGGAGGCUUCUCUCAGCAAUAGGCUCAAGACGUAUGCCAACUUUCCAGAAGCACCUCAGGAGGAGGCUUCUCUCAGCAAUAGGCUCAAGACGUAUGCCAACUUUCCAGAAGCACCUCAGGAGGAGGCUUCUCUCAGCAAUAGGCUCAAGACGUAUGCCAACUUUCCAGACGCACCUCAGGAGGAGGCUUCUCUCAGCAAUAGGCUCAAGACGUAUGCCAACUUUCAAGACGCACCUCAGGAGGAGGCUUCUCUCAGCAAUAGGUUCAAGACGUAUGCCAACUUUCCAGACGCACCUCAGGAGGAGGGUUCUCUCAGCAAUAGGCUCAAGACGUAUUCCAACUUUCCAGAAGCACCUCAGGAGGAGGCUUCUCUCAGCAAUAGGCUCAAGACGUAUGCCAACUUUCCAGACGCACCUCAGGAGGAGGCUUCUCUCAGCAAUAGGCUCAAGACGUAUGCCAACUUUCCAGACGCACCUCAGGAGGAGGCUUCUCUCAGCAAUAGGCUCAAGACGUAUGCCAACUUUCCAGACGCACCUCAGGAGGAGGCUUCUCUCAGCAAUAGGCUCAAGACGUAUGCCAACUUUCCAGACGCACCUCAGGAGGAGGCUUCUCUCAGCAAUAGGCUCAAGACGUAUGCCAACUUUCCAGACGCACCUCAGGAGGAGGCUUCUCUCAGCAAUAGGCUCAAGACGUAUGCCAACUUUCAAGACGCACCUCAGGAGGAGGCUUCUCUCAGCAAUAGGCUCAAGACGUAUGCCAACUUUCCAGACGCACCUCAGGAGGAGGCUUCUCUCAGCAAUAGGCUCAAGACGUAUGCCAACUUUCAAGACGCACCUCAGGAGGAGGCUUCUUUCAGCAAUAGGCUCAAGACGUAUGCCAACUUUCCAGACGCACCUCAGGAGGAGGCUGCUCUCAGCAAUAGGCUCAAGACGUAUGCCAACUUUCAAGACGCACCUCAGGAGGAGGCUUCUCUCAGCAAUAGGUUCAAGACGUAUGCCAACUUUCCAGACGCACCUCAGGAGGAGGGUUCUCUCAGCAAUAGGCUCAAGACGUAUGCCAACUUUCCAGAAGCACCUCAGGAGGAGGCUUCUCUCAGCAAUAGGCUCAAGACGUAUGCCAACUUUCCAGACGCACCUCAGGAGGAGGCUUCUCUCAGCAAUAGGCUCAAGACGUAUGCCAACUUUCCAGACGCACCUCAGGAGGAGGCUUCUCUCAGCAAUAGGCUCAAGACGUAUGCCAACUUUCCAGAAGCACCUCAGGAGGAGGCUUCUCUCAGCAAUAGGCUCAAGACUUAUGCCAACUUUCCAGACGCACCUCAGGAGGAGGCUUCUCUCAGCAAUAGGCUCAAGACGUAUGCCAACUUUCCAGACGCACCUCAGGAGGAGGCUUCUCUCAGCAAUAGGCUCAAGACGUAUGCCAACUUUCCAGAAGCACCUCAGGAGGAGGCUUCUCUCAGCAAUAGGCUCAAGACGUAUGCCAACUUUCAAGACGCACCUCAGGAGGAGGCUUCUUUCAGCAAUAGGCUCAAGACGUAUGCCAACUUUCCAGACGCACCUCAGGAGGAGGCUGCUCUCAGCAAUAGGCUCAAGACGUAUGCCAACUUUCAAGACGCACCUCAGGAGGAGGCUUCUCUCAGCAAUAGGUUCAAGACGUAUGCCAACUUUCCAGACGCACCUCAGGAGGAGGGUUCUCUCAGCAAUAGGCUCAAGACGUAUGCCAACUUUCCAGAAGCACCUCAGGAGGAGGCUUCUCUCAGCAAUAGGCUCAAGACGUAUGCCAACUUUCCAGACGCACCUCAGGAGGAGGCUUCUCUCAGCAAUAGGCUCAAGACGUAUGCCAACUUUCCAGACGCACCUCAGGAGGAGGCUUCUCUCAGCAAUAGGCUCAAGACGUAUGCCAACUUUCCAGAAGCACCUCAGGAGGAGGCUUCUCUCAGCAAUAGGCUCAAGACUUAUGCCAACUUUCCAGACGCACCUCAGGAGGAGGCUUCUCUCAGCAAUAGGCUCAAGACGUAUGCCAACUUUCCAGACGCACCUCAGGAGGAGGCUUCUCUCAGCAAUAGGCUCAAGACGUAUGCCAACUUUCCAGACGCACCUCAGGAGGAGGCUUCUCUCAGCAAUAGGCUCAAGACGUAUGCCAACUUUCCAGAAGCACCUCAGGAGGAGGCUUCUCUCAGCAAUAGGCUCAAGACGUAUGCCAACUUUCCAGACGCACCUCAGGAGGAGGCUUCUCUCAGCAAUAGGCUCAAGACGUAUGCCAACUUUCCAGAAGCACCUCAGGAGGAGGCUUCUCUCAGCAAUAGGCUCAAGACGUAUGCCAACUUUCCAGACGCACCUCAGGAGGAGGCUUCUCUCAGCAAUAGGCUCAAGACGUAUGCCAACUUUCCAGAAGCACCUCAGGAGGAGGCUUCUCUCAGCAAUAGGCUCAAGACGUAUGCCAACUUUCCAGAAGCACCUCAGGAGGAGGCUUCUCUCAGCAAUAGGCUCAAGACGUAUGCCAACUUUCCAGACGCACCUCAGGAGGAGGCUUCUCUCAGCAAUAGGCUCAAGACGUAUGCCAACUUUCCAGACGCACCUCAGGAGGAGGCUUCUCUCAGCAAUAGGCUCAAGACGUAUGCCAACUUUCCAGACGCACCUCAGGAGGAGGCUUCUCUCAGCAAUAGGCUCAAGACGUAUGCCAACUUUCCAGACGCACCUCAGGAGGAGGCUUCUCUCAGCAAUAGGAUCAAGACGUAUGCCAACUUUCCAGACGCACCUCAGGAGGAGGCUUCUCUCAGCAAUAGGCUCAAGACGUAUGCCAACUUUCCAGACGCACCUCAGGAGGAGGCUUCUCUCAGCAAUAGGCUCAAGACGUAUGCCAACUUUCAAGACGCACCUCAGGAGGAGGCUUCUCUCAGCAAUAGGCUCAAGACGUAUGCCAACUUUCAAGACGCACCUCAGGAGGAGGCUUCUCUCAGCAAUAGGCUCAAGACGUAUGCCAACUUUCCAGACGCACCUCAGGAGGAGGCUUCUCUCAGCAAUAGGCUCAAGACGUAUGCCAACUUUCCAGACGCACCUCAGGAGGAGGCUUCUCUCAGCAAUAGGCUCAAGACGUAUGCCAACUUUCCAGACGCACCUCAGGAGGAGGCUUCUCUCAGCAAUAGGCUCAAGACGUAUGCCAACUUUCCAGACGCACCUCAGGAGGAGGCUUCUCUCAGCAAUAGGAUCAAGACGUAUGCCAACUUUCCAGACGCACCUCAGGAGGAGGCUUCUCUCAGCAAUAGGCUCAAGACGUAUGCCAACUUUCCAGACGCACCUCAGGAGGAGGCUUCUCUCAGCAAUAGGCUCAAGACGUAUGCCAACUUUCAAGACGCACCUCAGGAGGAGGCUUCUCUCAGCAAUAGGCUCAAGACGUAUGCCAACUUUCCAGACGCACCUCAGGAGGAGGCUUCUCUCAGCAAUAGGCUCAAGACAUAUGCCAACUUUCCAGACGCACCUCAGGAGGAGGCUUCUCUCAGCAAUAGGCUCAAGACGUAUGCCAACUUUCCAGACGCACCUCAGGAGGAGGCUUCUCUCAGCAAUAGGCUCAAGACGUAUGCCAACUUUCCAGACGCACCUCAGGAGGAGGCUUCUCUCAGCAAUAGGCUCAAGACGUAUGCCAACUUUCCAGACGCACCUCAGGAGGAGGCUUCUCUCAGCAAUAGGCUCAAGACGUAUGCCAACUUUCAUGACGCACCUCAGGAGGAGGCUUCUCUCAGCAAUAGGCUCAAGACGUAUGCCAACUUUCCAGACGCACCUCAGGAGGAGGCUUCUCUCAGCAAUAGGCUCAAGACGUAUGCCAACUUUCCAGACGCACCUCAGGAGGAGGCUUCUCUCAGCAAUAGGCUCAAGACGUAUGCCAACUUUCAAGACGCACCUCAGGAGGAGGCUUCUCUCAGCAAUAGGCUCAAGACGUAUGCCAACUUUCCAGACGCACCUCAGGAGGAGGCUUCUCUCAGCAAUAGGAUCAAGACGUAUGCCAACUUUCAAGACGCACCUCAGGAGGAGGCUUCUCUCAGCAAUAGGCUCAAGACGUAUGCCAACUUUCCAGACGCACCUCAGGAGGAGGCUUCUCUCAGCAAUAGGCUCAAGACGUAUGCCAACUUUCCAGACGCACCUCAGGAGGAGGCUUCUCUCAGCAAUAGGCUCAAGACGUAUGCCAACUUUCAUGACGCACCUCAGGAGGAGGCUUCUCUCAGCAAUAGGCUCAAGACGUAUGCCAACUUUCCAGACGCACCUCAGGAGGAGGCUUCUCUCAGCAAUAGGCUCAAGACGUAUGCCAACUUUCCAGACGCACCUCAGGAGGAGGCUUCUCUCAGCAAUAGGCUCAAGACGUAUGCCAACUUUCAAGACGCACCUCAGGAGGAGGCUUCUCUCAGCAAUAGGCUCAAGACGUAUGCCAACUUUCCAGACGCACCUCAGGAGGAGGCUUCUCUCAGCAAUAGGAUCAAGACGUAUGCCAACUUUCAAGACGCACCUCAGGAGGAGGCUUCUCUCAGCAAUAGGCUCAAGACGUAUGCCAACUUUCCAGACGCACCUCAGGAGGAGGCUUCUCUCAGCAAUAGGCUCAAGACGUAUGCCAACUUUCAAGACGCACCUCAGGACGAGGCUUCUCUCAGCAAUAGGCUCAAGACGUAUGCCAACUUUCCAGACGCACCUCAGGAGGAGGCUUCUCUCAGCAAUAGGCUCAAGACGUAUGCCAACUUUCAAGACGCACUUCAGGAGGAGGCUUCUCUCAGCAAUAGGCUCAAGACGUAUGCCAACUUUCCAGACGCACCUCAGGAGGAGGCUUCUCUCAGCAAUAGGCUCAAGACGUAUGCCAGCUUUCCAGACGCACCUCAGGAGGAGGCUUCUCUCAGCAAUAGGCUCAAGACGUAUGCCAACUUUCCAGACGCACCUCAGGAGGAGGCUUCUCUCAGCAAUAGGCUCAAGACGUAUGCCAACUUUCCAGACGCACCUCAGGAGGAGGCUUCUCUCAGCAAUAGGCUCAAGACGUAUGCCAGCUUUCCAGACGCACCUCAGGAGGAGGCUUCUCUCAGCAAUAGGCUCAAGACGUAUGCCAACUUUCCAGACGCACCUCAGGAGGAGGCUUCUCUCAGCAAUAGGCUCAAGACGUAUGCCAACUUUCCAAACGCACCUCAGGAGGAGGCUUCUCUCAGCAAUAGGCUCAAGACGUAUGCCAACUUUCCAGACGCACCUCAGGAGGAGGCUUCUCUCAGCAAUAGGCUCAAGACGUAUGCCAACUUUCCAGACGCACCUCAGGAGGAGGCUUCUCUCAGCAAUAGGCUCAAGACGUAUGCCAACUUUCCAGACGCACCUCAGGAGGAGGCUUCUCUCAGCAAUAGGCUCAAGACGUAUGCCAACUUUCCAGACGCACCUCAGGAGGAGGCUUCUCUCAGCAAUAGGCUCAAGACGUAUGCCAACUUUCCAGACGCACCUCAGGAGGAGGCUUCUCUCAGCAAUAGGCUCAAGACGUAUGCCAACUUUCCAAAAGCACCUCAGGAGGAGGCUUCUCUCAGCAAUAGGCUCAAGACGUAUGCCAACUUUCCAGACGCACCUCAGGAGGAGGCUUCUCUCAGCAAUAGGCUCAAGACGUAUGCCAACUUUCCAGACGCACCUCAGGAGGAGGCUUCUCUCAGCAAUAGGCAACUCCAGAGAUGCCCCGAGAACACUGUCCCAAGUCUAGAGGAACACCAACUUCAGCACGGCAACUCGAGGAAUGCUCCGUGUACCCCAAAUCGUCUCGAGAUGAGAGGUGAUUCCCUGGCGUAG